AUGAGGCACACCAGCUCUUGGAAACUUUGGCUCUGGGUGGCAGUCCUCCUGCUUCCUGCUUCCGUUUCCAUGACGGUCAAGGACAAGCCAGAAAAACUAUGUCCUGUACUGAGAACAGAUGGAUAUCAGUUUAUACAAGGUAGCAGAGACAAACUUGAAGUUUCAGGUUUUGAUCUGGGAGAGAGUUUUUCUCUGAGGCAUGCAUUUUGUGAAGGUGAUAAAACUUGUUUCAAACUGGGAAGUGCACUUCUUAUUAGAGAUACUAUUAAGAUAUUUCCCAAAGGCCUUCCUGAGGAAUACUCUGUAGCAGCCAUGUUUCGUGUACGAAGAACCACCAAAAAGGAACGGUGGUUUCUAUGGCAGGUUUUAAACCAGCAGAAUAUGCCACAGGUUUCUAUAGUAGUUGAUGGUGGAAAGAAGGUGGUGGAAUUUAUGUUCCGUGCUGCUGAGGGCAAUGUGUUGAACUACAUCUUUAAAAAUCGAGAACUUCGUCCUUUGUUUGAUCGUCAGUGGCAUAAACUUGGCAUUGGUAUACAGUCCCGGGUCAUUUCGCUCUAUAUGGAUUGCAGUUUAAUUGAGAGACGGCAGACUGAUGAAAAGGAUGCUGUUGACUUCCACGGAAGGACUGUAAUUGCUGCACGAGCUUCGGACGGCAAGCCUGUGGAUAUUGAACUUCACCAACUUAAAAUCUACUGUAACUCAAAUUUUGUAGCUCAAGAAGCAUGUUGUGAAAUAUCAGAUACUAAGUGUCCAGAGCAGGAUGGCUUUGGAAGUACUGCAUCAUUAUCGGUAACCGCUCAUGCCAGUAAAAUGUCAGCAUAUCUGCCAACAAAGCAGGAACUUAAAGACCAGUGCCAGUGCAUUCCAGACAAGGGAGAAGCAGGAUUGCCGGGUGCUCCAGCUUCACCUGGUGAGAAAGGGGAUAAAGGAGAGCCGGGUGAAAAUGGUUUACAUGGUGCUCCAGGCUUACCUGGUCAAAAGGGAGAGCAAGGUUUUGAAGGCAGCAAAGGAGAAAUUGGUGAAAAGGGUGAACCAGGAGAAAAAGGGGAUCCAGGUCUGACUGGCAUUAAUGGACAAGAUGGUUUGAAAGGUGACUUGGGUCCUCGUGGUCCACCUGGCCCAAAAGGAGAAAAGGGAGAUAUGGGACCUCCAGGACCACCAGCCUUAACUAGUUCCCUGGGGAUACAAGGCCCCCAAGGUCCACCUGGAAAAGAGGGUCAGAGGGGAAGGCGAGGAAAACCAGGACCCCCAGGAAAACCAGGACCCCCAGGACCGCCUGGUCCUCCUGGAAUACAAGGAGUACAACAGACUUUUGGUGGAUAUUACAACAAGGGAGACCUUGGUGAACAUGGGACAGGUGGCCCAAAAGGAGAAAAGGGUGAAAAUGGACAACCAGGAUUUCCAGGGUCUAUUGGCACUAAAGGACAAAAAGGAGAACCUGGGGAACCUUUUACAAAAGGUGAAAAGGGAGAUAGAGGAGAACCUGGGACAAAAGGAUCACAGGGAAUAAAGGGUGAACCUGGAGAUCCUGGCCUCCCUGGCUUAAUAGGAAGCCCCGGACUAAAAGGUCAGCAAGGACCUGCAGGUUCUGUGGGGCCCAGAGGACCAACAGGAGAUGUUGGAUUGCCAGGAGAACAUGGUAGCCCAGGAAAACAAGGCAUUAAAGGAGAAAAGGGAGAUCCAGGCGGGAUUAUAGGCCCUCCUGGGCUUCCAGGCCCAAAAGGUGAGGCUGGUCCUCCAGGGAAAAGCCUGCCAGGGGAACCAGGAUUAGAUGGAAAUCCUGGAGCACCUGGUCCACGUGGGCCGAAGGGCGAAAGAGGACUGCCAGGUGUUCAUGGUUCUCCCGGUGACAUAGGCCCACCAGGGGUAGGAAUUCCUGGACGAACAGGCUCCCGAGGACCAGCUGGAGAGCCAGGCAUUCAGGGUCCUCGAGGUCUCCCUGGGUUGCCAGGAACUCCAGGAACUCCAGGGAAUGAUGGAGCUCCAGGAAGGGAUGGAAAGCCAGGCCUGCCGGGCCCCCCAGGUGACCCGAUUGCACUUCCUCUCUUGGGAGACAUCGGUGCCUUGCUCAAGAACUUCUGUGGCAAUUGCCAACCCAGUAUUCCUGGGCUGAAAAGCAAGAAAGAAGAAGGAGGUGUUGGUGAGCCUGGGAAAUAUGAUUUUGCAGCUCAGAAGGGUGAUGCAGGACCCCGGGGUCCUCCAGGAAUCCCAGGCAGAGAGGGGCCAAAGGGAAGCAAAGGAGAGCGGGGCUACCCUGGGAUACCUGGGGACAAAGGUGACGAGGGUCUUCAAGGAAUUCCAGGCAUUCCAGGUGCUCCAGGACCAACUGGACCCCCUGGCUUAUUGGGAAGAACUGGACAUCCUGGUCCUGCGGGAGCAAAGGGUGACAAGGGCAGCGAGGGGCCCUCUGGGAAGCCUGGACCACCCGGCCCGCCUGGUGUACCAUUCAAUGAAGGAAAUGGAAUGAGCAGUUUAUAUAAAAUCCAGGGAAGUGUGAACGUUCCCAGUUAUCCAGGGCCACCUGGUCCCCCAGGCCCAAAAGGCGAUCCUGGACCAGUGGGAGAACCUGGUCCAAUGGGGUUGCCAGGACUAGAAGGAUUUCCAGGUGUAAAGGGAGAUCGAGGCCCAGCAGGUUCCCCAGGAAUAGCCGGGAUUUCGGGAAAGCCUGGAGCUCCAGGCCCUCCAGGAGUCCCAGGGGAACCAGGUGAAAGAGGACCUGUUGGAGAUAUAGGUUUCCCUGGACCAGAAGGACCCUCAGGAAAACCAGGAGUAAAUGGAAAAGAUGGAUUACCAGGUGCUCAGGGCAUCAUGGGCAAGCCUGGAGAUAGAGGCCCCAAAGGAGAACGUGGUGAUCAAGGAAUUCCAGGAGACAGAGGCCCACAAGGUGAACGGGGAAAACCAGGCCUUCCAGGCAUGAAGGGAGCCAUAGGUCCUGUGGGGCCACCAGGAAACAAGGGCUCCACAGGAUCCCCCGGCCACCAAGGCCCUCCAGGCUCUCCAGGCAUCCCUGGCACUUCGGUUGAUGCUGUUUCAUUUGAAGAAAUAAAGAAGUAUAUUAAUCAAGAGGUCCUAAGGAUUUUUGAAGAGAGGAUGGCUGUGUUCCUAUCCCAGCUCAAGCUGCCAGCAGCAAUGCUGGCUGCUCAAGGUCAUGGGAGACCUGGUCCACCAGGAAAGGAUGGGUUGCCCGGGCCACCAGGAGACCCUGGACCCCAAGGCUACCGGGGACAGAAGGGAGAAAGAGGUGAACCUGGAAUUGGGCUGCCAGGGAGUCCUGGUCUUCCUGGGACUUCAGCCCCAGGUGUGCCAGGCUCACCAGGUGCUCCAGGUCCUCAGGGCCCCCCAGGCCCUAGUGGAAGAUGUAACCCAGAAGAUUGCCUCUAUCCAGCGUCUCAUGCCCAGCAGUGGACAGGUGGAAAAUGAACAGCACACCUGAGGAAGACUUGGUUCCUGGUGAUGCCUCCUUGCCAUUGGAGCUAUAGUAAUACUGGCAAACCCUCAUAAUAUGGGGGCUUUUUUGCUUUUUUUUUUUUUUUUUGGUAUAGGCCAGACAUUAAAAGCAACAAUAGUAAUUGCAAUAUCAGCAUUUUUAAAUUUUUCCCAAAUUCAUUCCAUAUGUUUUGUUUUACCAUUACUACAAUUUUUAUUCAGGUUUUUGUAUGAAAUAUGCAAGCAAAUCUUCUUAGUUCUUCAAGAGGAAAUUACAUCUUACGAUUUAGUGGACUGAUGUUGGGGUACGUUUUGUAUCUCAUCAACGUGUUUGGCCUUUGGUUUCUGAAUUUUAAAGUUUCAGGUUUUUCUUCAAGUUUUCUUUGUGUUUAAAUUUACUAUCAUUGCUAAAAGUUUUGUCAACUUUUUCAAAUAGUUCACUGCUCCUGUUGAAUGUUUUUGACUACUUUAUAUAGCUUAAGAAUUCUUACACCAUCCUACAUCCAUCCUACUCAUACAGGGAAACAGGCAAUAAGAUCUUCACUUUACAACUUAUGUUCUGGAAAAACCACAUGAGGCUAUGUCAUGAGGGAACCAAAAAAAAAAAAUUUCCUCAUUGCCAACUACUGAAAUGAUGUUGUUAGGUCUGUAUAAUGAGCUCAAUUCAAAGCAAUCACCAAGUGCAUGAAUACGUACUGCAUGCAAAGGAACAAAUUUUAAUUGUAUAAGCACAUGUUGCAUAAAAAAAGUCUUAACACUCUGUGGCCCCUUCGCUGAGUUUCUCAUUUGAGAAAGAGCUGUUUUCCCUAAGAGGUGUUUGGUGGUGAAAGGCACCAAGCUGUCAUUGGUACUCUUGAAACGUCAAUGGCCUACCAAGAUCUUUGGGCCCCUGUAGCCAUUAUCCUUCUGGCCUAAUUACUCUCAAAGUUUCAGACAAAAAUUGGCCAUAAGAGCAAAGGAUGGGAUUUGUAGCAAUUGGAAAAGCAACACUCUUGCCCUAGAAGAUAAAUGUGUGGUGUCAGCACUUGCAUACCAAGAAGGUGGCACCCAGAAGUUCUAAAGGAGAAUGAUGUCUCUCUAGAAGCUGCAGCAAGAGGUACAGGGCAUCAAAGGAAAGCCAUGGGACCGAGCAUUCAACUAGCACUCAGACCAAAGAGUUAGCACUCAUACCUGGGAGAAGCAACAGGUGCUGCAAAGACCAUGCCCUCUGAAAUCAAAUGAAAAUAUAAUAGUCACCAACCAAAUUUCUAAAUGGUCUUUUUAUUGCCUAGCUAUACAUUAUUUUGUGGAACCAUUGGUUGAAAACAACUGGUUUUCUAGGAUA